AUGACGGCAGGUCGCUAUGGAAACUGCGUUACGCUCCGGGCGGCCGGAGGAGAAAACAAGAGCGCGAGGACUCAUUUCAGUCUUCAUUUCAGCACCACGCGCCUCCUGGACAGCGCCCGAAUGAAUUCGCGCACAGAUCCUCGCCUCACAUGCCUUACAAGGGACAGAGCCGCAUCAGCACCGAGUCUAACCGGGAUGGCCAUAGAUUAUGUGCGAGCCGAGCUGAUACGCCUGGAUGAGUCACUCAGGCUGCAAGUUUGCAGAAGAGAGCACAGCAGCAUGUCUGAAACCAAAUCCAGUCAGCGGUUCCACAGCCUGAAUGCUGAGCAGGUGGAAGUUCUCCAUCAGGUUCUGUCAGAUGUAGUUCCAAUCCACGGCCGCGGGAACUUUCCCACGUUGGAGCUUCGUCCUCAUGACAUCAUCAUAGCUGUAAGGGCCAGACUACAGAAGCAGGGAAUCACAGUAAGAGAUGUCCGUCUAAACGGCUCCACAGCCAGCCACGUCCUAGUCCGAGACAAUGGCACGAGCUACAAGGACCUGGAUAUCAUCUUUGGAGUGGAGUUGCCCAGUCAGGAGGAGUUCCAGGUGAUCAAAGAGUCAGUGCUGGGCUGCUUGCUGGACUGCCUUCCGGCUGGGGUCAACAGAGAGAGGAUCAGCAGUGCCACAAUGAAGGAGGCCUACGUUCAGAAGAUGGUCAAGGUCUUCAAUGAACAUGACCGCUGGAGCCUCAUCUCCCUCUCAAACAACAGUGGCAAAAAUCUGGAACUCAAGUUUGUGAGCGCGCUGAGGCGGCAGUUUGAGUUCAGCGUUGACUCUUUCCAGAUCAUUCUGGAUCGACUGCUCGAGUCCUACAUGCUGCAGCAGGAGCAGCUGCUGCAGAAACAGAAAUGUCCACUGGUCCUGGCAGAGAGCAUGUACGGUGACUUUGAGGCAGCCAUGGACCACCUACGCUACCGUCUAAUUGCUACAAGGAACCCUGAAGAGAUACGAGGGGGCGGCUUGUUGAAAUACAGCAACCUGUUGGUCAGGGACUAUCGACCAGCCAGCGAGACUCAGAUAAAGACACUGGAGCGCUACAUGUGCUCACGUUUUUUCAUAGAUUUCCCUGAUGUGCAGGAGCAGCAGAGGAAGAUCCUGUCCUACUUGAAGAACCACUUCAUCGGUGAGGAGAGAAGCAAGUACCAGUACCUGAUGACGCUGCGUCGCGUGGUAGACGACAGCACAGUGUGUCUGAUGGGACAUGAGAGGCGCCAGACACUGAACAUGAUCACAGUGUUGGCGCUCAAAGUUCUAGGAGAGCAGAACAUUAUCCCCAACACAGACCAUGUGACAUGCUUCUACCAGCCUGCCCCAUACCUUGCUGAGCACAGCGCCCCCUAUAUAACAGAGCCCAGCUACUGCAGCUACUACAUACCCCAAGGGGGAUCAACUCUCCUUUACCAACCGUACCCCUUACACCUACACUCACAGACUGGACUAGUCUAA